CCGAACUCCCUCUGCAUGGAAACAAUGCUCUUGCCGUACUCCACCAUGCUGUGGUGACAUCGAUUUUCUAGAGUUCUGCAAUUACCCCCUCUAUCCGCUUCAGCCUCGCCAUGGUCGAUCAGAUGGACCCUCUCUGCCCCCUUCACCGUCUUCAUCGACACAGCGCCCGCCCGUUUACGCACGUGAGAAUGUGCAAAAGUACUUGGUGAGGGACGAUUUGAGCGGGAGCAAGCUUCACUGCUCUGCUGAUCGGACCAGCACGAAACUGGACGUCCUGCUGCUUGCUACUCCACACACACACACACACACACACACAGAGAGAGAGAGAGAGAGAGAGAGAGAGAGAGAGAGAGAGAGAGAGAGAGAGAGAGAGAGAGAGAGANGGGGGGGGGGAGAGGAAAGAAGGGCGAAGUUCAGCCAACCACCGUGUGAGAGAGAGGAGAAAGCAGAGAGGGAAGAGGUCAAAUCAAAACGCUAAAGAUGGGGAGAAAGAAAGGGCCGGUAGGUCCAAAGCUGCCAAAUGGCUUAGUGCGUGAGAUGGAGGCUUCCGAGAGUUUGGAAGGUGGCAUUCGCCAAGGCGAAGCAGACAGGAGGUUUGACAAAAAGAAGGGUAAAGUUCAGAACAAAAGGAAAGAGAAAAGGAAGAUGGAGAGAUUGGAGAAACAUCAGCGGCGGCAGCAGUGGGUCUUAGCUCAGGCAGCUAGAAGAAGAAUGAAGAAGACUGGUCCAGCUCCGUCGAACAGCGUGUCAGCCGCCGCCAAGCCUCUGACCCUAUCUCUGAUCAACGGUCGUGAUCGAUCUAGGUUGAGUUCGACGGACUCUGGGAAGAGGUUCGGCAGCGAAGCUGCUGAGGAUCGCAAGGGUCAUCGUGGCGCCUCCAUCUCCUCAGGGAAGCAGAAGAAGGCGGCAAAAGACGACAAAAGUGACAGAUGUAUUGGCGUUUCCAAGAAUAAUAAGGGAACGCGUGCAUUGAAAGGAGGAGGAGGAGGAGGAGGAGGAGGAGGAGGAGGAGUGGGCGUGGGAAUGGGAGGAAGAACGGGCAAGAGAAGGAAGGAAGAAAUAGAGGAAGAAGCAAUCCGAUGCACGAAGAAAAGGAAGCGACCCAUGACGCUAUUUGAACAGAUGGUUCAAGAGGAGAUAGAGAGAAAGAGAGGUCCGUCGGGAGAGUUCGAUAUUCGCACAGAGAGUACAUUGAAGAAGAAGCUGAGGUCGAAGGAUGGAAGACUGCCCGGGGUGGAGGAUGGGUUCAAUGAUCUGCUAGAAGGGUUGGCAGACUUUGAUGAACUUGAUGGCUAUGGAGGACAGGAGGAGGAAGAAGGAACGGACGAAGAAGAGGGGGAAGACGGAAUGGAAGGAGAGGAGGUGGAAGAGGAAGACGUGGAGGAAGAGAGUGAAGAAGAGGAAGAGGAAGAAGAAGAGAAGAUGGAGAUUUCCCAGGGAGAAGAAAGCGAUGGUGCCACAGAUGAGGAGGAAGAGGAAGAGGAAGCCACAACGAUGGAGGAUGGACCAUCGGACGGCAGCGAUGAAGAUGGCGAAGAAGAUGAUGCAAGUGAACGGGAGAACGGCAGUUCGCAGGAGGAGGACGCGUCAUCAGCAGCCACAGAGGAUGAGUCUGGAGAUGGAGAGAAGGGGAGCAAGUCUUCGGAAGAGGAGGAGGAGGAGGAGGAGGUGGUUAGAUUAGCAAAGGAGGGAGGAGGAAGAAACUGUAAGGAAGCAAGGCAAGACGGACACGUGGCAACAAACGGUAGAGUUGCUGACGUGGCUACUGGAGCGGGGGUGAAGUAUGUCCCUCCACAUUUGAGAGAAGGCAACUCAAAUAAGUCAGAGGAGGUGCUGCGGCAGCAGAGACGUCUUCGAGGUCUGUUGAAUCGAUUGGCGGAGUCCAACGUGGAAAGCAUAGCCAGCGAAACUGUUGGCAUUUUCCAGAGCUGUGGAAGAAGAACGAGUGGUGAGCUCAUGACAGAGGAGAUCCUUGCUGCUGCCUGCAGGGGACCCAGGGGUAACGAUCAAUAUGCUGCAGUCUUUGCGGCAUUCGUGUCUGGGAUGUCGGCGAUGGUGGGAAUUGAUGUGGGGGCCAACUUUGUUUCCUCCGUUGCCCAGGCGAUGGAGGAGGAGUAUGGAAAGCAGGACGAGUUGGCGUGUCGCAACUUAGCCCUUCUGCUCGGUCGGCUUUACUCAUUUGCCCUCCUGCCUCCUGAGCUGAUGUUCAAUGUGCUCCGGCAUUUCAUCCGACGGUUCAGAGAGCUGGAUGUGGCGAUCACCGUCCACAUUCUGCAAUCUUGUGGCCUGCAGUUAAGAGCCGAUGACGUGGUGGGCAUGAAGGAGUUCGUGCAGCUCGUGCAGGAGAGAAUGGCAGAGGCUAAGUGUGACCAACUGCCACUAACGGAGGCUAACGGGAAGGGGAACGGUGAUGGAGGGGGCCAGCAUCCUGCGAUGGGAAAGAGGGUGCAGUUCAUGCUAGAGACCAUCUGUGACAUCAAGAACAACAAGCGCAAGGUAGCAGCUGGAGGAGCUGGAGGGGGUAAGGAGGAGAUGGUACCCUAUGCUAGGCUGAAAAAGUGGUUGAAGGGGUUAGGGGUUGAAGAAGUCCAGCUGAGGGGGGUGACAUGGGACCUGCUGUUGCAGAAGGACAAAAAAGGUCAGUGGUGGCUCCCUUCAGCUGGCGGAGGAAAAGGCGGAGACGGUCCCAGCAUCAAGGACGACUUAGCGGAUGCCCUGGAGGUUGGCCUUGGGGAGACCGAGAAGAUGUUGCAGCUCGCUGCAUCGCAGCGCAUGAACACGGAGACCAGGCGCGCUGUUUUCUGCGUUGUGAUGAGCAGCGAGGACUACGUUGACGCUUUUGAGAAGUUGUUGAGGCUCCAACUCCCUGGGAAGCAAGACAGGGAGGUCGUGCGUGUAGUUGUCGAGUGUUGUCUCCAGGAGAAGGUGUUCAAUAUGUACUAUGUUCUGUUAGCAAGCAGGUUGUGUAGCCACGACCGGAAUCACAAGUUCACGUUGCAGUAUUGUUUGUGGGAUCAGUUCAAAAGACUUAGUACCAUGGAGUUGAGGAGGAGUGCCAAUCUAGCGCGCUUUGUGGCUCACGUGAUUGCCUCCUUUUCCUUGUCUCUCUCUGUGCUUAAAGCUGUGUCCUUUUGCGACUCCGCUGCCAUGACCGCCAAGGCGAUCGUUCAUUUCAGACUUGUGUUCGAGACACUAUUACUGGAACCGUCUAAAGAGGUUGUCUGGUCGGUGUUCACUCGCAUAGCAGGAGCGCAGCAGUUGGCAAGCCUGAGAGAUGGAGUGACAGUGUUUAUGCACCGCCAUGUUCUCCCUCUCAGAAAUGGAGAGUCCAGUGAGGAUCCUCAAGGGAGACAGCGUACGCUUCUGCUGACCGAUCGCUGGAAACUAGCAAAAAAAGCCAUGUUGAACAUUGCCGGUGUUGUUGCAAAGUGAUUAUCUCUUGCCUCCUCUCUCAUCGCUGGAAGUGUAUGCACUUGCCGUUUCUUCUCCGUAAUCCUGCUGAUGCU